AUGCGCCCGACCGUCGCCGUCCUCCGCCGGUCUACUUGGAAGGGACCCUACUUCACCGCCUUCCCCAACCUCCAGGAAGCGCUCAAGAACAACUUGCCAAUCUACACCAAGUCGCGCGCGUGCACGAUCGUGCCAAACUUUGUCGGGCUCAAGUUUAUGGUGCACAACGGCAAGGACUUCCUCCCCAUCACUGUUACCGAGGAGAUGGUCGGACACAAGCUGGGCGAGUUUAGCUUGACGCGCAAGAAGUUUACCUUCAGGCAAACCAAGAACAAGUAG